AUGAACUACAAUUCCCAUCGGACCCUGCGAAUUCACCGGAGGCGGUCCCUGAACCAAAACUCUUUACCUAGGGCUGUUUGGUCAGUGACAAAAAGAGUGGAUGUUGUUACUGCCGUUUCUUCUCUGGAGGAUCUUCAAGAGGGAAGGAUUAGCAUGUCGUCAAUAAUCAGAAAAGUGAUCAGCACUUCAAAAGCCCCGGCGGCCAUUGGUGCCUACAGCCAAGCUGUGCUAGUGGACAGGACCAUUUACGUUUCUGGACAGAUAGGCAUGGAUCCUUCCAGUGGACAACUUGUGCCAGGAGGGGUAGCAGAAGAAGCUAAACAAGCUCUUAAAAACCUGGGUGAGAUUCUGAAGGCUGCAGGCUGUGACUUCACUAAUGUGGUGAAGACAACUGUUUUACUGGCUGACAUAAAUGACUUUGGCACUGUCAAUGAGAUCUACAAAACAUAUUUCCAGGGUAACCUUCCUGCCAGGGCUGCUUACCAAGUCGCCGCUUUACCCAAAGUAAGUAUGAUGCCAGUGCAUACAGGGUAUGUGUCCUGUCUCUUUGAAAGGAAACUUAAAAUUAGUACAGUUCCUGUUCCUCAGAAAUACAGAGUCUAAAAGUCAAUACCCUGAUCACCGUUGUGAUCUGGAGAAAGCUAAGAAAUCGUACAAAGCAGCGCAUAGGUAUGACCUGAUUUGUUGGACACAAUCCGACGACUUAAGUUAUAAGAAACACCUUAAGAGCAGUUGUGUUGUGAUGUUACUUAGGGGAGGAAAUUUGUGAUGGGGCUUUAGUUCCUUGGAGGAGUGUGGAUUUCUGGGCCCCACUGUGUGACUCCCUGCAGUGUGACUUCUUCCCUAGUGUCUGCCUUUCAGUAAGGACUUCUGAAAAUAGAGCACAGUAUAGAAUUACAUGGAGAUUUCUGGAGAGCCUCUGUCCUCACUGACAUUACCAGCAAGGUGUGAAACUAACGCUCUGGCCAGCUCUACUGUAUUUUAGAGUAUUGGCCAGAGAAUUUGGAUAGUGUUGCCAUUUAUCUUAAUAAAAACAAAUUCACCUGGCUCUCACAUAAUGAAGAAUCUAGACCAUUCACUAGAACGAUGCUCUCCAUCCUGAUUCCGGGGUUCCCUCACUGGGGUCUCUUUUCCUAUGCCUCCUGCCCACACUACACCUGCAGGGUAUAACUGUGCCACCUAGGAACGUCAUACGUUCUCGCUUUAGCUUGUUGUUCCCCGGAAGGGUCAUUGUCAAACUGAAGGUAUUAGGUGUAUUAGAAAGAGCUUUAAACUUGGAACCAGAAGACAUAGGUUCGAUUAUCCACUGCUAGUCUUUGUGACAUAGGACGACUUUUUCAGCCUUUCUGAGGUCAGUGCCUUGUUUUACAACCAGGGCUGCUGUGGGAAUCAAGGGAACUAAUAUAUGAAUGUGCCUAGCAUGGUAGCCUGACCUAUUGUAAGGCCUUAGUGAAUUCUCUCCCAUCCUUGCUUUCUGUGAGGAGAUUAAUGGUAAAAAUACAUGUUGCUAUGCAUUAUUGAACCUUGAUCUGCAUUAAAGGAUUGAGACUGGGGCUUUUGUUCUCCUUCCAGGGAAGUCGAAUUGAAAUCGAAGCCAUCGCUGUCCAGGGGCCUUUCACCACAGCAGGACUGUAAGGAGCCAUGCUGAUGCUGACUCUGGAGUCUUUACAAUGUCUCUCACACUUUAAAUUUUACAAAUGAUUCUGGGAAGUGCACACAUGACCGUGUGAAGUGAUCGUGGAAAUGAUCAUACAUGUGGAGAUUUGACAUUAAUUGGGGAUUAUUCAGUACAGUGGCUAGUGCUGUAAUUUCACUUAUGUGGCUGGGUGUGAGAGAAAGGCACAUAGCUGCUAACAUGCAGAGCAGAAUCAAAGACGAAACAGUAAAGAGCACACCUAAUUAAAUCAUAUCAAUUUGCUUGUGUGGAAUACUUAGUUCUCAUGUUAGAUAUCAGAAACUAAAUUAAAAUAUUCAAACUUUAAUAGUACCAGGAGAAAAAAGUGGACCAAAAUCUUAUAAGAUAAUACUGCCUUAAUGGAAUAAAAAACAGAUGUGUAACUUUC